GAAAAGAAGUCAAACAGGUCGGACUGAUCUCCAAACAAUGGCUGCCAACAGGAUCUGUGCCUCUGGAAACUUUGUAGGCUGGGGAUUCUAAGUCUUUUAAUCUGGCCUGGGAAUCUUUUCGGUUUUAAAACCCCGGUGACGGUGCCACAGGUCGUUUAAACUACAGGAGAGGAAGAGAGAGAGAGAUAGAGAGAGAGAAUCCAGGUAUGGCUCAGCAAGCCACAACAUGACCGGCAGUGAAUUCUCUCAGCGAGUGAGAUGACCUGAAUGAGCGGGGGAGAGUUUCACAAUUUAAGAACAAAUGUGAUUUUGUUCUGUGAAUUAAGAGAAGCCUAUUCUUGAGGUGUUUUUGUGUCUUGCGAUGCCGCUGGCUCUGUGUCGCCCAGGACUGCUGCUCAGCUUCAUCACUGUCUGCGCCUGUCUGGACCCAGACUGUGUCCUCGGCAUAGUCGGCCGGCCGGUGUCCCUGCCCUGCCUCCACCCCAACAUAUCCGCCUCUGCUAACGUGUCCAUCGAGUGGAGGAGAGGGGACGAGGUGGUGCUCAGAUCGGACUGGGGAGAGGACGGACAGUGGGACAGACGGAGCACUGACAGCGCUGGGAUCUCUGCUGACGCUGCCCUGACUGGAAACCUGUCCCUGCUGCUGCCAUCAGUGGGUCCCAAAGAGGACAACACCUACUUUAGACUGUUCAUCAUCUCAGAGGGGAAUCAAAGUGCAGCCGUGUGCACUGUGUGUCUCUCAACAGCAGCCAGUUUCAGUCCCCCAGUGCUGGAGAGGGAGGAGGCAGCGCAGGGAGAGGAGAUAGCCUUCUGGUGUCACUCCACUGGUGGUUUCCCUGAACCUGCCAUCUACUGGCUCAUCAACGACACAGAGAAGCCCCCUGAAGGGUCAGUGAGGACCCUGACCACGUCACUCCCUGACUCCAACCUCUACAACAUCACCAGCCACCUGACCGUCAACAUUUCCAAGGACUCCAGUGUGUCGUGCAUGAUAGAGAACCAGUCCAUGAACCAGAACUUGACCUCCACCAGCUAUGGCGUGAAGAGGGUCCCGCUGAACAAGCGAGCGUCAGAGGCCAUGUGGAUGUUCAGCACCGCUCUCUGUGUGGUGGUGGGGAUCAUGGUGGCAGUGGGAGUGGUCUAUCAGAUCCACCUGGACAGGACAAGCAAGCGGAAGAAGAAGGAGUUCCGUAAACAUCAGCUGAGCAAAGCUUACGACAGACAUCAGAACGGGGAGGAGACAGAGGUCAUGAAGCCAGCGUCCAUAGAGACUGAUGUUUAAAAUCCUCCUAAAGUGCCCCAGCUGGAGGGCAACAGAGCACUAAUUUGCACACGUUUGUUGUGUGUGUGUGUAUUUGUUAACUCUUUAGGACCUUUUCCAGCAUUAACACUUGUUAGGACCAGUAGACCUCAUGUCCUUAGCUUUUGGUUAAAGUUAGGGGAUGAGAUGAAAGCCAAAGCAAAGUCUAGCUGCACAAACCUGUGUGU